AUGGACCCGCCCGCUGCCGCUGACCCGCCCUCCGUCGCUGCCCUCGCCCAGAUCCCCACCCCCACCCUCCACGCGCUCCUCCGCCCCAUCGCCGUCCCCCCCGGCCACCCCCGCGCCACCUUCGUCAACUGGGGCCUCAGCUACGCCUGCACCCCGCGCGCCGUCUUCGAGCCCCAGUCCGCCCACCACUGCGCCCUCGUCUUCGAGCUCGCCCGUCGCGAGGGCCGCACCGUGCGCGCCGCCGGCGUCGGCCACAGCCCGAGCGACCUCGCCUGCACGUCGGGCUACAUGCUGCGCACCGAGAAGCUCGACAGGAUCAUCGAGGUCAACGCCGAGAAGCGCUACGUCGUCGCGCAGGGCGGCAUCACCCUCCACGCCCUCCACGCCGCCCUCGCCGCCGCCGGCCUCGCCAUGUCCAACCUCGGCUCCAUCUCCGACCAGACCCUCGCCGGCAUGGUCACCACCGCCACGCACGGCUCCGGCCUCGCCUUCCGCGUCCUCUCCACGCACGUCCGCGCCCUCACCCUCCUCCUCGCCGACGGCGCGCGCGUCCGCUGCUCCCGCGCCGAGCGCCCGGACCUCUUCCUCGCGUCCCUCUGCGGGCUCGGCGCCACCGGCCUCAUCCUCGACGUCACCCUCGACGUCGAGCCCGCCUUCCGCCUCAAGGACGUCCAGCACUCCGUCCCCUUCGACGCCGCCGUGCGCGACCUCGACGCGCUCGCCCGCUCCGCCGAGCACGUCCGCCUCUGGUGGUUCCCCCAGGCCGGCACCGUGCGCGUCAGCGCCGCCAGCCGCACGUACGAGCCCGCCAAGCCCGUCUACACGUGGCUCUGGCACUCGCUCGUCGGCUACCACCUCCUGCAGCUCCUCCUCUUCCUCGGCCGCUUCGUGCGCGCGCUCAACCCCUGGACCGCGCGCCUCGGCGCGUGGCUCGUGUCCGGCAGCACCGUCGCCGUCGACGCCAGCCACCGCAUAUUCAACCUCGACUGCAAGUACCCGCAAUUCACGACCGAGUGGGCCGUCCCGUACGAGCGCGCGCCCGCGUGCCUCCGCGCGCUGCGCGCGUGGCUCGACGAGGAGCACGCGGACCCCGCCGGCCUGCGCCCGCACUUCCCCAUCGAGAUCCGCUUCACGGACGCCGACGACGUCUGGCUCAGCCCCAGCAACGGCACCAAGGCGUGCUGGAUCGGCAUCGUGCAGUACAACAUCGAGAUCACGCUCAGGAGGACCUUCUCGACGCUCUGCACGGGGCUCCAGCGCUCGGACGCGCUCUCGUACAUGGUCGGGUCGUCGCCGGGCGCGUGCAGGAUGGAGAUGCACACGUUGCCGUCGGGGUAG